GGUUUACGAAGAACUCAUCGGCCGGACCAUAACAAUUGUUAUACAAAACCAUAAAUGACAGCAAGGUUUAGAUUGUUGCCUGGAAAAUACGUGUAUCCAACAUCUCAUUCGAUGUUUCAACUUUAUCCUUUAAGGUGGAAAGGUUGAAUAAUACUGUUUUGAGUCAGAUAACCCCAACAGAUGUAAAGCAACCAGUGGGUGAUCAUUUGAACCUUUCAUGAGCGACAAAAAAGUUUCUCAGUGGUUGAAACACUGUGUGUGCAGUCAAACAUGUACUACAAUGGAUAACACAGAAGAAGAGGAAAUAGGGAUAACUGCCUUGUUCUCUAAGUUGUGUGAAGUACAUAUAGGAGAGUGGAAGAGGGCUCAUUUUGUUCAACCAGACCAUGACAAGGAUUUUGUGAAGAGAAAAUUAAAAAAAAGUCUUUAUGAUGUGCUCCUUUCUUUUCAUCAGCGUCCAGAGAGAGAUGUCAAUGAACUUGGAGUUAAAGAGCGUAUUGUGUCUUAUGGUUUACAUCUGCGGUGGGAACGAAAGUUUGAUGAAGCCACUCGCCUAGAAGAUUUGUUGUCCAACCUGAUCAACACACAAGAUGACACUGUCUUUGCUAUGCUCCAACUUCUGUCAUUGUUGAUCAACACGUCUUGUGUGACAAAACGAACCUCAUGUACCAUUGGACAUAUAGGGCAGAGUCUCCCUGUUGUCUUGAGAAAGGGUAGUCAGCCAGUUCUUCCUAGUGGCCCCUUAGAAUAUGGAGAUAGCUGCUUUGAGAAUACCAACAAACACCACUUUAUGCAUUUUCCCAGAAGCCUGUUUGAAGAUGGAGCCUUGGUACCUGAUACAAGUUUCAGUCAGGUGUGUGAAUUACCUCCAGGCCUCUCAGAGACAGGGUUCUUCAGUGUGCAGGGUUCUGUGGAUGAUGGUGAUGACUCUUUGUUUGCAGACCAUGAUGAGGACAGAAAGAAUGGAAAAAUUGCGCUCAAAUUGCGAAAUUCAGAUGUCAUCGAUAUAUCAGAAGACGAUGGCUACUUGUCAAACUCGACGUUAUCGGUGCCAUCAGAGCAGAGCUCAGGUACUGAAUCCUUGGACAUGAGUGUUUGGGACCUGGCCCUGCAACAUGUCUCAUCUCCACUCUUUACAUGGGAAAACUUGGGAUGGAAUCGUGGACCUUUAGAGAGACCUUACCUGACACAAUUAGGGCCUAAGGCUGUAUCUGAGGUGUAUGACAUUUGGCAGAGAAUAAUCCUGCUUUUGGAGGAGCCCUGUAUGAGCACUAGAAUGGAAAUUUCCCAGCGACAACUGGUACAGGAUGUGAUUAACCUGCUGAUGGGCAUCACAUCAAAUUCUUUCCAGUUCGAUCAGGUGAGAGAUGAGUUUGUUAUGAAGGAAGGGCUUUGUAUGAUAGGGUUCACCCCAGAGUCCAUGCAGGAUUUCUGUUCUGAUUUACUGGAAUGUGGGAGCCAGUGCCGCAAGCUGAUAACCUUUUCCCGGCCUCCUGUGGUGGACUCUUUCUACCAGAAAGGACUGGUGUACCAGGCAUUUGUCAAGGGUGUCCACACAUAUCUACAGCUGUACUGGGCAGCCAUCCUCUCUCUCUCACCAGACACAUCUCUGUUCAAGAUCAAGUUCCAGUGCCGCAAGUUAAUGAGACAAAUCAGAUUUGUAUUCACUGUAUGUGAAGAAUGUGAAGCUAUUGUCUCGAAAGCACAGAGUGGUCAACAGUGUCCUUAUGGAACACGCCUGCUGUCCUACCUUUACAAGUGUACUAUGAAUGCUCACCACACCCCUUCAUAUUACUUGAUGUUGUUCUUCCUGAAGACAGCUUUAACACCCUUCUGUCAGUUCAUCCAGGACUGGAUCUAUCAUGGCGUUUGCAGGGACUACCACGGAGAAUUUUUAUUUCGCAUGACAGAUAACAUUCACAGCAGAGAUAAACACUUCUGGAGGAAUGCAUUUGUUUUAAAGGAUGGAAAUGAAGAUGAAAAUGUGCCACUCUUUUUAGCCGGUGUUGUAAAUGAUAUUUUCAUCUGUGGAAAAUCUCUAUGCCUCAUGAAACUCUGUAAUCCACAGCAUUUUAUUUGCAAUGUGUCAGAAGGAGACACCCCCAAAGUCAAGUUCUCAGUCUCUGAGGAUGAGAUUGGCAGUCAGGCGACUGAGUGCUCUGUCUAUGAGCAACGCAUGAGGCAAAUUGCACAGCAAGUGAUUGUUUCCAGGGAAGAGAUGAAAAGAAGAGCCGAACAGACAAGAAUUGAAUUGAUAGAAAAGGCAAGGUUGGCAAAUUUGAAAGAUGUUAGCCGUUAUGAAGCUAGAGUGACAGCCCAUAGAGAAGCCCUCGAUGCUAAGAAAAGGAAAGAAUUCAAGGAGUUAAAGGAGCAAAUGGAAAAAGACCUUCAGAGGAGAUCAGAGGAAAGGGCAAAAGAGAAAGCCGAGGAUAAGCAGUACAUGGACAGGUUGAUGAGGCGAGAGGAGACAAUGGAUCGACAGGAAGCAGAGCUGGAGCUUCAGGCUAGGUUGGACUUGAUAAACUUUUAUUCAAAUCUGACUGAGGAUGCAGCCCAUAGAGAGAGAAAGGCCUUGUGGAAAGUGCAAAGAGGCCGUCUAGCUGCAGCCCGUCUGGAAUUUCUUGUGCAGCAGGAAGUGAAAUGGCGACAAGAAUUGGCGAAAAUGACAAGUUCUCCAGCUGAGACUGGUCAACUGGACACUGGGGAUGGUGGAGAGCUACCUGCUUGGGCAGAGAAAGGAUUGGAUGCUGAGACUGUCGUCGUAGCUGAUGAAAAAGAAGAAGAUAGUGGGCUUCCAAACUGGGCCCGUAGGGGUGUCAGAGACUCAGCCAAUCCAUGCCUGGUGUUAGAUGUAAAAACUGAUGACCUGCCAUCUUGGGUCUUACACAGACUCGCGUCUUCUCCUGACGGCGAGGAAAGUCUCCUUAUUGUCAAGGACAGUCAGACGGCUGUAAAUAAGGAACCAAAAGGUAAAACAGGAAAUCAACCUGGGGACCUACCUGCGUCAUGUUCUUCAGAUACUGCAGGUGAUUUGAGCCCAAAUGAGGUGACAACGUCAUCAAAGCCAUCUAUGUGGCAAUCAGGGAUCAAAGGUACGCUGGACAUUCCUAUCCACCUGGCAGAAGAUAUGGAGGAAGAGUGCAUGUGGACAGGUGCUUUUAAAGAAUCUGAAGAAGGGGGAGGUGACAAACCUUCGAUGAAAGCUUCUGUUGAAUCAGCAGAAGAAAUCCAGUACAAGCCUGUAGUACAGCUCAACACAAAUGUCCACUCGACAACAGAGACCAUUGAGCAAGAUGCAAGACCUCACAUACGAAAAGUUGGUGACAAGGAUGUUAAUAAAGAAUCCAGCAGUGAGGGUUUGAAUGUCCCUCGAUUAAAACGUUUUGCAGACAAGCAUUCCACCAAAGAAUCAGCCCCAGAAACAACCAAGGUGAAGAAGGCCAGUUUUUUUGGACAUGUCUCUCAACUCUCUAACAUGGAGUUUGUUGUUGCUGCUCCAAAGCUGAAGCGUCCGAAAGAAAUACACAUCACUAGUGAGUCAGAUUUCAAAAACUUUGCCAUCAAGCCAAACAUUAGGUUGAGCAAACAAAUGUACGCUUCAAAGGAAAGUAAAGCAGCAGAUGGUCUUGCGACACCACACUUAAAACGUGUUUCCAACAAACACGCCUCAGUAGAAUCAGAGUUUGUUGACCAUGAUGCACUGCGUAUAGAUUAUUUCAAACAGAGGAAUAUACAUGGUCAUGCUGCAGACUCUAGUGUGCAGAGAAUUUUGUACGGAGAGAAGUUCGGGAAAGCUGGAGAUGAUACUGAUAGUGCAGCAGAAGUUCUGGAUAUAGUCCCGCUGAGUGAACACUUUGAUCUGUCCCUGAAAUAUGUGCCAGUGGAGAUGUACGCAGACAACUUUGAUGUUCUGAAUGAGAACCCAUGUGUAAACCUGCAAGAGAAUGUUAUAAACAUUACAGCUGGAAUGGCAGGAAUUCGCAACAGCAUGAUGCUGGAAAAGAAACUUUCUGAGCACUCUUCCCUUUCUCUUUUGGUGAAGGCCUCGUUUACUGCUCCACUGCUGGCACAGAUUUCCUUGGUGAACGAUUGUGUUCUGGGAUACUUUAUAGAGGAUCUUCAGAUUGAUAAGCACUUUGAGGCUCUCAGAAGGUACAUGCUUAUGGAGGAUGGGGAAUUUGCUUUAGCCGUGGGAGAGCUCCUGUUUGAAAAGCUUGUGUCACCUUCCAGAGCAGAGGGAUGGAAUACAUUGUUUUGUCAAAGUGUCCUAAACAAGGCUUGCAGGCUGUCCAUAAACCCAGAUGAUAAAUAUGCCAACAACUUGGUUCUGCUUUUGCCACAUCAGUUAAGCACCACAUCAAGAGAUGGCCUUGACUGUUUUGGACUUCGAUACCAGGUCACUUGGCCGCUGAAUAUUGUCAUCACCGACCGCAGUGUUGUCUUAUACAGCAAGAUUUUCAACUACAUGCUACACAUUCGCUAUGCUGCUUGGUUACUGAAGGCAAUCUGGCACAAGCUCAAACGAGACGGUCUCGUCUUGAAAAUAGUGAACUGUAGUCAAUUUCGACAGUUACAGUUUUUCAGACAGGUGAUGCAGCAUUUUGUCAUGCUGAUCCAGGGUUACAUUGCUAACCAGGUUAUCCAUGUGACCUGGCUUGAGUUCCAGACAACCCUACACCAGGAUGUCCACAAUUUGGACCAGCUGUACGAAGCUCACCAAGUGUUCAUCAACACUGCUGAUUUCAGAUGCUUGCUGACUCAUGGUGCACAGCCUAUUAUGAAGGUGAUUCGCAAAAUUUUUGAAUGCAUCAAGAACUUCUACUUUAUUUUGCACUCCGCAUCAUGGCACAAGAACCCUUCAACAGGAGAGAUUACCCACCCAAAUUUCAGCGCACUUUCUGAUAACUUCAGAGUCUCACAGCGUCUCACAGGGUUGCUAUUCAAAGCUGUGACACGGUUAGCAGAAUGUGGUCACCAGCCCCAUUUAGAAGAGCUCCUGCUUAGGUUAAACUUCAAUAAUUACUUUUCAAAUAUUUAAAAUGAUUUAGGUAAGAAAUAUACUUUUACCCCCAGACCAGGGUAGGCCAUUUGGACAUUGAUGUCAUCUAAAAAUCUUCUGAAGCAAUCCAUGUACCUUUAGAUUUGGAGAACUUCUUUAUCUCUGCUGUAGCAUAAAGCAUGAAAAUACUGAACUAUUUCACCUUCCGAUCAUUCUGUUUUUCACAUUAGUGCAGCACAAGUGGCUGCAUGUGCUGAAGUAGCAGCGAAAUUAAAACCUUCUUUGCCAGAUAUGAAAAUUUAAUGGUGAUAUUGAUUCGCUUUUUUUGUUCAAAGACAGAACAUGGAGAAUUAUGCCCGACAGGAUUACAGCCAUUCAGGCCGUAGAGAUCCAGCCUUAUUUGUCAUGGAAUAAGCAUCAAUUCUUUGAUACAUAAAGUAGCAGUGUAUUUUUUCUCUGCUUGGAGGUUUGGAGAAUGUGUUUAUCUCUGCUGUAGCAUAAAGCAUGAAAAUACUUUUCUGACCUUUGACCUAAUUUCCCUGAUCAGAAUUCUUAUUUGGCCUUCCAGCAUUAUAUCUUCAACCAGCAGUGCUAUCUAUCAAUAUUCAGAGAAACUAUGAAAUCAUUCAUUGAGUCACAGGCAGGUCUUCCCAGACCAGAUUGAAUUGUGAUCAGCUCGAUUUAUUUUCAACGUACUUUUUUAUGUUACACUUCCUAUCCUGCUCAAAAAUGGUCACAGUAUCUCAAAUUCUAAUGAAAUGUUAUUAAGUACUUCAUUACUUCAGAGAAAUCCUUGACAGGUCAGUGCAAGUAAUGUUUGACCUCUUUUUUUUAUUGCAUUUUCACAAUUACCAAGUCAAAUGUUAGAUUCUGUACCUAAUCAGGUUGUGAAAAUUUUGCCUACUUAUCAGAUUAUAUUUACCUCUUCAGUGUAGUGUUUACACAACUGUAUGUCUGGCAAUUUUAUAUCUAAUAUUUUGGAUAGUGAGACCCUAGUGUGAUGAGUGGAUGAGCAAAUUGGAUUUGGUUGGCUCAGCAUUGUGUGUGAAUUUUUAGCUUACAAAGUUAGAUGACGUAUUAUAACAAUUUGUUAUUGAAAUGAAUGCUUAUGUAUUUUAUGCACUUAAGUGAUUUUGUUUUUAUUAUUCGUUUUGUAUUAAUCAAAUGAAAAUGAAAUAAACCUGCCAUU